GGACGGCCUUCAAUGGUGGCUCUGCAGGGCACUUCUUCACAGGUCAUGGCUGCCCUCUGUGUGCCAUCCCCAGGCGGUCCUGCAGUGCCCCGGGACGUCCUGGGGAGAGGGGAGGCCACAGCUUGGUCUUCUCUCCAAAGGAGCACAACAGGCAGCAUCCCCGUCUCCCAGCUCCAGCCUCAGCCCAUCCGCACCCCCACCCCAGCCCUGCCCUGGAUUCUUCCAGCAGAAGCGGGGCGAGAUAGGAAAGCUGCUCCCCAGUGGCCAGGGCACUGUAAGGAGGCUGCUGCCAAGGUCCAGCCCAGAACAAUGUCUUCUGGAGUCUCUGCUUGGGUCCUGGCCCCUGUGCCUGAGGAUGAUGCUGGUCAGACACAAGAGGAGUGUAGCAGUGCUUCUUCACACUAUUCCAGUGAGACCUUGGAAUCCUGCAAAGAGGAGGAGGAGGUGGUGGUCAAAGAAGAAUGUCAGUUGGCCAAAGGGGAACCCUCUGACCGGUCAGUGCCUUCUGCAGAAUUCCAGGCUGUGUCCCUUGCCUCUGAGAGCCAUCCUGUGAGCAAGAAGCCGACACCAAGCUUCGAUGAUGGAGAUGAACCAGUGAGCCCAUUGGACUCUGUCGCCGUGGAAGCAAAAUUGAAUGAGAUGUGGAUCCAGGUUGUCAAGGCCAAAAAAGGUGCUGCUGGACAGCUCCAGGCAGGCCUCACAUCCCCAGUAGCAGAGCACGUCAGGUACCAUGGUGGUCGGUCACCUUACUAUGAAGAUGUGAAACCUGAGGUCCAGAGAGGACCUGCGGGCCUGGAGAGUGAAUCAUUGCCCCUGAACCUUCCAGAAGUUGCAGAGGCCUCAAAGGGAGCCCUGGAUGCUCUGCAGUCAUUUUGUGCCACUGAGAGAACCCCGAUUGGUCAGCAGCGGAACCCUCAGGAGGCAUGGAGUGGCAGGCAGCAAAGAUUGGGUGCAGAGAAGCCCAGGACACUUGAGAUGAACAGCUCUGUUCUUUCUCAUGUGAGAAACAGACUGUACCUGCAGAACCCGAGGGUGACACCCAACAAGGCUUCAGCAGUUAAAGAGCAUGAGAAUGCCCAGUGCCUGGAAUAUACUAAGAAAAAAGGAGAAGUAGGCCAGAAGACCUUUCGGCGCAAGAAAAUAAGUUUCAUGGAUUCAGCGCUACACAAAGAGAAGAUGGAAGAGCGUCGCCAUGCCAAAAUAUGAUCAUCAGGAAGUGCUAUUGAGUCAAUGAUCCAUAAUGCCAGCAGCCCUAUGAGGGUGACAUCUGUGAACUGGAGGUAGACUUCUGUCUUGAUGGGAAGCUGAGACAGUGACUUUUUGGCAUGGACUAAGGUAAGCCUCUUAUAACUUGAUUUCCCUAGUGUGAUAUUUCCUCUUGAAUGGAAAAAUUUCCCCACCUAACUUGAUUCUAAGCCUUGCUGUGGCAUUUUUGUCAAUGUAAUUGGAUUCUUACAGGAUUCUUGCCUAGAGUUGAUGUCAGGCUAGAGGACCAUCCUUCCCUAUACUAUAGUCAUCUUUUAUGAUAACUAUCUAUAAUCAUGGUAAGCAAUCAGUGGAAUAUAUGAACAUGAUAUUAAAUCUUUAUCUCAUAGACAAAGGCUAGAAUACAUCUAAGCUACAAUUUGUAAGAUCUGAGCUAUUCAACCUGUAAUUGUAGUCCUUUACAUACCCUUGAAACAACAAAGUAAAUUUGGGAUAGGAAUAGUAUUUGGGCUUGUCAUAUGACUGAUGUUAUUAAUUAUAUAUUGAUACAUAAGAUAAGAUCCUUCAAAUAUCUCAGAAUGGUAUGGGAAUAAUUAGACAGUGAUGUUGGAAUUUGUGAAAUAAGGAUAUAAUUCUACUAUUUAGUGAGGUUACAUCAGGAACAUUUUUCUGGUCUAUAAAAGAAUUUCAAUGUAAUCUGUUAUCUUAAUUAAGAGUGAUUAAUGAUCUGUCUUGGGUUACCUCAAAGAGGCAUCCAAUUUUACUUACAUUUGUUAAUUUAAUAUGUGACUAUAAAGAGAAUGUUCGGAAAUAAAAGCCAAUUAUACAGGGGUUUGAAGAAGAUCUGAAAGAGUGGUCUAUGUGGCUAUCUAGUUCAUUUGGGCCUGGCUAGUAACUGAAUAUGUUUUUCUACAGAUAACGCACUUAAUACAAUUUGGAAUAAUUUACCUAGUCUAUUUACACACCCAUCCCGAGUCUGUUGUUACAAUAGGAGUAGAAUAUAAGCAUCUUCUGUGUAAAUUCAUUUGGGUGACCAUCAAACUUAGGCAUACAAUCAUUUUCUUACAAAGGGUGUUGUUACCUAGGUGCUUAUGUAUCGGAUUGAAUCCUUAGCAGUAUUUCUUCCUCCUAAAUGAGCACUAAGGUGAAUAUCUAGAUCUAUUAAAUUCCCUUCUCCCUCCAUUUCCCUCCCUUUUGAUACUCCCUGCCCCUCUCCCCACCCUUGGGUUUCCCCUCUCAACUUCCCUGUAGGGUAAUAUAGAAUUCUAUACAAGGUGAAUAAUUAGAGUAAAUAAUUGGAGUGAAAAUUUUUGGCAAGAUCAGAUGACUAUACACAUCAAAUAAUUGUUACUAAUGGGAUACAAAGGCCUUGAGCAUGUUCUUAUGACAAGUUGUAAACACUGGGUUCUGAAAUUUCUAAUUUCUCAGCAAUUAUUUGAAUUUCAUGAAUAUAUCGAUCUUACAAUUAUAGGUAAUAAACUAAGUUUCUUUUCUUUCUGGGACUUGAAGCCUGAGAUGAAGAAUGAACAAGAUAAAUGUCAGAUACUGGAAAAGAUUAAAAUGUUUAAUGAAAAGGACUUAUUUUAAAGGUCAGAUCCUCAUAUUCUUUUAGAUUCCUCCUUCAGCCUGUUGAUCAGUUGAGCAGUUUCUUUUUUUUAUUUUAUAGUAUUUUAUUUGUUCAUUUCCAUGCAUUAUUCAUUAAAGACAAAGAUCAUUUUCUUUUCCUCCCCCCCACCCCCCGUAGCCGACACGUGAUUCCACUGGGUAUCACAUGUGUUCUUGCUUCGAACCCAUUGCCAUGUUGUUAAUAUUUGCAUUAGAGUGUUCGUUUAGAGUCUCUCCUCUGUCAUGUCCCCUCAACCGCUGUAGUCAGGCAGCAGAUAUGGAGGAUCUCCAAAGCUCUGGCCAGGCUGCCAGGUCUAUGCUCCUUCUAGGCUGCCAUCUUGACUUCCCCUCUAGGUUUCUGUUUUUUUCAGAAGACCCUGCUCUCUAAAGGGGGAGGGGUCUCUCUGGGCUCUGAGGGCUCCUGAUGGGAUUAGGUUCAGCUGGUUCUUUCAGAAGACCCUGCUCUCUAAGAGGGGAGGGGUCUCUCUGGGCUCUGAGGGCUCCUGAUGGGAUUAGGUUCACCUGGUUUGGGCCAAAUGAGCCCUGAUGCAAUAAGCCUCCUCCUCCACAGUCUGUGUUGAAUGCCUGGAGACUGGCCCGGGUUGUUUUCAAGGUAUCCCUUCACUAGCCCUGAGGUUUUUGUUCUUUCAGAAGCUCUGAGGGCUCCUGAUGGGAUUAGGUUCAGGUGGUGUGGGCUGAAUGAUCCCAGAGCCAAAAAAAAGGAAGAAAAAAAAGCAGCAACCUCCUUCUCCACAGUCUGUGUUGAAUGCCCGGAAACUGGCCCUGGUUACUUUCAAGGUAAGCUCUUCGGAGCAACCCCUUUGCCAGCCCUGAGUUUUCUGUCCUUUCAGUAGCUCUGAGGGCUCCUGAUGGGACUGGGUUCAGCUGGUGCCCUAAAGCUGGGGCCUCCCUUGAGACUCAGAUGGAAGGACCCAGCCAGGGGGCUACCAGCUUCCCCCUUCUCUCUCUGUUUCCCUGCUGUCUGUGUUGGGUGCCCCGGAGACUGGCUCAGGUUGCUUUCAAGGUGAGUCCUCAGAGCCCUGAGGUUCCCGCUGCUGCUGUGGGCUCAGCACUCUGGGUUGGAGGGGAUAGGUCCUGGGACCUUCUUUCUGUCUACCCCUUAGAUCCGAGUGAUCUAGGGUUCUAGCUUUUGGGGUGUGGUACCUUUUGAUCCAGGUCCAGGAGGAGGUUUCCCCAGGUCUAUCCUGUUGUUGUUCGGUGGCCUAGGAGCACCCUGUUUGCGAUCCGUAAGGAAGGGUUUCUGAGGUCUGAACUUUCGCUGCUUCUAAGCCACCAUCUUGACCGGAAGUCGAUCGGCAGUUUCUUAAUCAAUCAUCUGGUUUGAAUAAGGAUAGGAGCAGCAAGGAGUAGGGAAACUCUUUUAGGGUGGAGUUUCUUAAUUUGAUAUUUUUCAUAUGAAUGAGAUUAAGACCAGAAGGUUUGAGCUAGUUUUCACCACAUGACUGAGCUUUUUUGGAAGAAAUUUUAGCAGAAAAAAAUUGUCUGCCCUAUGUAAGACCUUCUUACCAGAAGGGACUGCUCCCAACAGCUCCUGUUCAUGAAUCUGUCAACUUCUCUUCCCUUUUCCCCCUCACACUAUUCCCACUAUGUCAAAACACCUAAGUUUCACAGUUAAAAAUCCCCAGCAAAGUGUUUGUCAUACCAAUUAGUGAUUCAUUGAGGAGACCCUGUAUUUCUCAAGUGAAUGAAAGGGAAAUGAGGAGAAUUAUACAAUUAAUACAAUAUGUAUUAAUAGCAGUUUUUAAUAUUCUCCUUUCUGGACAGUGUGAGCCCCUCCUUCCAGAUCCCACAUCCUGGUAUGCCUAGCUUUAAGGCUUUUUUGCUCUUAAUCAGUUUGGGCUUGGGCUAGUGGGGAUUAGGGGGACUACCAAGAGUAACCAAAGUGCUCUGGUGAUACUAACCAAAAUGAAGUUGGAAUCUUAUGUAUGACCAAGCCUCACCCCUCACAUGACACCCCACCCCUUCCUCUCUUGAGUCCAUAGAAAUUUUUCUAUCAUUUUUCACAGUGGAUGCCCAUGUACUCAGGGGCAUGACUGUGCCCAGAUUCACAUGAUCUUCUUAAAUUCUCAAUUGAAGAUGUCUUCUUCGCUUAUAUGUGAGUUUGAUUUUAGAACCCUACAGUUAAAACUGAAUAGAAAAAUAAGAUUCAUUUCCCACAAUAAUACUAUGUGUUUUCAGGACCAUCUGAGUUGUGGUAAUUCCUGUUCUAAGAACCUUCCCAGCUCUGAUAAUGUAGGUGUUAUGGUCUAAGCUAGUCCUGUAAUUAUAUGUCAUAGGUACUUUCCUGGCUCUUUUCUCCCUUCUUUGAAGUUCUCUGCCAUCUCUAACGACUCUCUCCUCUCUGGCUUUUCCCAGGUUUCACAUUUUGUAUUAUGACAGCCCUGUUCUCAGGCUCUGAACAUCUCUCACAUUUGAUGUUUUUUUUAAUAUUAAUUUUAUUUUAUUGAUUAUGAUUCAUGUUCUUUCCCUCCCCUCCCAUAGCCAAUGCACAAUUCCACUGGGUUUUACAUGCAUCAUUAAUUAAGACCUAUUUCCAUAUUAUUAGUAUUUGCACUGGGGUGAUCAUUUAGAGUCUACCCAAUCCUAUCCCCAUCGACCCAUGUGAUCAAGCAGUUGUUUUCCUUCUGCAUUUCUGCUCCCACAGUUCUUUCUCUGGAUGUGGACAACAUCUUUCUCAUAAGUCCUUCAGAAUUGCCCUGGGUCAUUGCAUUGCUGCUAGUAGAGAAGUUCAUUACAUGUGAUUGUAACACAGUGUAUCAGUCUCUGUGUACAAUGUUCUCCUGGUUCUGCUCAUUUCAUUCUGCAUCACUUCUUGGAGGCCCUUUUAGUUUAUUAUUCCUUUUAGCACAAUAGUAUUCCAUCACCAACAUAUACCACAAUUUGUUCAGUCAUUCCCCAAUCGAAGGGCAUCCCCUCAUUUGCCAUUUUUUUGCCACCACAAAGAGAGUGGCUGUAAAUAUUUUGGUACAAGUCUUUUUCCUUAUUAUCUCUUUUUUGAACAUAGUUCCAAAUUGCAAUCCACAAUGGAUGGAUCAAUUCACAACUCCACCAGCAAUGCAUCAAUGUCCCUGUUUUGUCACAUCCCCUCCAACAUUGAUUACUUUCUUUUGCGGUCAUGUUAGCCACUUGAAUUUGAUGUUGCAAGAUGCCUCACUGUUGUGAUAUUAUUUGUCCUACAUUCCUUCCCAAAUUUGGUGGUUUCUAUUUGAAAAUCCAUUUCUACCAUCUUGAGUUGGACUUUCAUUCCAGUGUAGAAAUUUUCUAUUUUAAGUUCUACUCAACCUUCAGGAUAUUCCUUUGUGAACAUCUCCAAGUCAACUGUUUCUAAAGAAUCUCCCACCCUGCCAUUGUUUUUCCAAUUCUACUUAAUCUAUCGAUAUGCAAGGUUUUUGUCUUUACUAAUCAUUCAUUUAUUGAGUUUUAUUAUAUUUAGUUAUACAUAUUGUAAACCUCAAAAUUUCUUAGACUUAUAAAUGUUGGAAAUUUCACCAUUGGGAAAUUUCAUACUUGAAAAAUUUCCUAUUGAUAGUGGGUCUUGACUAUUGGAAUGUGAACCCCAUUGGCAUGGGAGGUUCCUCCUUCUCCCUUCUUAAGAUUACUUUAGGACAAAAACCUUUUGCUGAACAAUGGAAAGGACUUUGACCUAUGCUUAAGCAUAGAACAGGAAUUUCUUUGAGUCAUGAUUGAUUUUAGAAUUGAUACAAUGGAGAUACUUGGAAUCAAUCUUCACCCUAUUCAGUCCUAACAGGAUUGAGUAAGGGCUGCAGCCUAGAUCAAAAUUUAAUUAUUUCAAUCUCUACCCUACUCAGGUUAACAGGAUUUAGAAAGGGCUGUAGCAAAGGAUCAAAGAUUUAAUUAUUUGAAAAUAUGACCUUCAACAGACAUGUGCAAAGCCAGAGACCUCUGGGCGGUCCUGGGUUAAGCUAGAGCCUCCCUUGGCACAGGGAAAUUGAUGGACAGGUGAUUGGUAGAUGUGAGGACUGAGGGGAGGGAACUUGGAUGGGUUUCCUUAAGGAUAGGGGGGUCUGAAGACUCGAGGUGGUGGUUGAGGAGUUGGUCUGAGUGGUUGGUGUGUGCUCUGAGAAGCUUGCUCUGAAGGAAGCUGAAGGUGGGGGCCUCUGAGACUGUUUCUCCAUUUUGGUCACGUGAGUAAUAGGGACUGAUCUCUUUUCUUUGCCCCAGCUAUCUAAGGGCUUGGGCCUUUUGGCCCAGCCUAAACAGAAGGGGUAUUUAAGCUCUAUUCCCUUCUCUCCCUUUUCUCUCUCUCUAUCUCUAAUUCCUUUCUUCCUCCUAUUGUAAUUAAACUCCAUAAAAGAUUGACUGCUGACUUAAGUUUUCAUUUAGGAAUUACAUAGCUGAAUUCCUUGGCGACCUUAAAUUAAUAUAUAUCAGUCUUUUAAAGUGAUUUCCUUGUCACAAUAUUUUGUAGCAAUGCAAUUAUUUAAAAUAGUGAAUGUUGUCACCUUUAAAACUGGGUCUUUAAUGCCUUAUUUUAAAAAUGUUUCCAAUUCCUCAUGAAUAGUAGCAGUAUCUGGAUUAAAUUGGUACAUGACAUUUUAUUUUUCUUAGUGAAUUAUAAUCUUCCCCCAGUUUUCAUCUUUUUUAGGUAAUAUAUAUUUAUCUUUCUACAUCGACUAUUUGGAACCCAAUUUUGAAAUCAGAGCAUUAUCAUGGUACUGAUAAAAAAUACAUUGAAACAUAGGUGGAAUGCCGUUCCCUAAAUAUAUUUUGAUAUUGGUUUUUAAAUUUACUUAUUGCUCCCCAAUAAUUAGAACUGUGAGCACAGAAACAGAAUUUCUUCCCACCAAUGAAAUGAUGUUUUCCCAGGACCAAACAUUCUCUGAUAAUCUUUGUUCUAAGAGUUUCCCCAGCUCUGACUGGGUGCAGUUGUAUGACCCAGGCUAGUCCUGAAAUUGCAGUUCAUAAGGGCUCUGUGAUCUCUCAUACUCCAAGUGCUGUGCUUUCUCUGACAUUCCCUUCUCUGUGGUUUUUUCUGGGCCUGGCAUUCUGUGUUCUCAUAUCCCACGGAAUUAGGCAAUUUUAGUUCUCUGACUCUCACCAUCUCUCUUUCUGUGAUUUAAAUCCCCUCCCACUCUCAAUAAUCUAUGUUGGAUGAUGCCAUCUUGCUCAGGCUCCAUUCAUUCUAAAUCACCACCAAGUUUAGACAUUCAGACAUUAGACAUUAGACUCUUUAUCUGGUAACAGACAGCCUGGAUUAAGUUCCAAACAUAUUCUCUUGAAAGUUCUUCCAAAUUAGACAUUCAAUUUUCUAAAGACUCCCCUAGCUGUAUAACUUUAUGGUUAAAAUCCCCUUCCACAUCCAAUCUGUGAUUGAUUUUUUCCUUUUUACUUACUUAUUCAGUUUUAGUUUAUCAAAUUAUAUAUAUAUAUACAAUAUUGCUAUUUGAGAGCACAAAUUCUUUCUUUUUUGAAAUCAGGGUAUAUACUUUAUUUUUUCCAAUGAAUACUGACCACUCAAUAACAAUUAUAUUGAUAUAUACAACAACCUUAACCUGUAAGUAAUUAAUGGGCUAUUUAUUUCCUUUUCUUUUCCUCUUUUAAAAAGUGGGAACCAGGUUAAAUGCCAUAUAUAUGUUCACCUUUCAUCUUUGGUAUAUGAGUUUCAAUGAAGGGCAUCAGAAUUGUACUGAUAUCAAUUAUACUGAAAUAUAUAGAUAUAGUAGCUUAUACCCUAAAUCGACUUUAUUUCUGUGAAUUUGCCUGCCCUUCCUCAUAAGAAGCAAAACUCCUUCCUAGGGACAGUAUUGUGUUUUCUCAGGAUUAUCUGAGCUCUGAUAAUCUUGUCAAUUAGGAAUUCUCCAAGCUCUGACUUUGAGGUUUUAUGAACAAGGCCAGUCUUGAAAUUGCCCUGUCAGUGCUUAUAUUCCUUUUUCUAAGUGCCUUCCUAAUGCUGAUAUUCUAUUUCCUCUGACUUCUCCCAGGCCUGACAUUCUAUGUGCUCAGAUUAUUUCAAAUGUGAUGAUUUCAGUUUUGUGUCUAACCAUUUCCUCCACAACUCAGGCCAUUGAUUCUAAAUUUUAUCCAUGAAAUUUAAGCAUUCUCUGUUGGACAUACUUUCUCAAGUUUCAUCAUCUAGACAUUAUGCCAACUUCCUAUUCCGAUAGCCUUGACUGACAUCCCUUGACUGACAACUAAUAUCCAUCCUCCAAUGUGUUGUCUUGUAAGGCACCUCCAAGGUUGAACAUUCUAUUUUCUAAAGACUUUCCUAGCCUAGUGAUUUUAUGUUCAAAAUCCUUUCUGUUCUUUAAUAUUCUACAGUAUGUUUUCCUUUUCAAUUAUUUAAUCAGUUUUAUUAUAUUAGAUGGAUUGUGUUUAUUGGCAAUACAAUACAAUGAUUUAAAAUCACAAAUUGCUCCCCUUGUGCAACCAAAUGUAACAGGCCCAUUCAUUAACAAUGAUAGUAACAUGUAUAGCAGCUCAUGAGAACAUUGUAUGCAAUUACUUUGUCUUCCUUCCUUCCUUCCUUCCUUCCUUCCUUCCUUCCUUCCUUCCUUCCUUCCUUCCUUCCUUCCUUCCUUCCUUCCUUCCUUCCUUCCUUCCUUCCUUCCUUCUCUCCUUCUCUCCUUCUCUCCUUCUCUCCUUCUCUCUCUCUCUCUCUCUUUCUCUCUCUCCCUCUCCCUCUCUCCCUCUCCCUCUCCCUCUCCCUUUCUUCCUCCCAGGUUAUGCUGGACAUGAAUUGUAAUUCAGAGGAUCACUAUUGUGCUGAUAUGAAUUAUAAUAUAAUACAAUGUAAAUUGCUCCUCAUACUUGAAAUAAACCUUUUUGGGAGUAUUUAUUUACUUGUCCUAGGUGCAACUCUGAGCAUAGAAAUAAAACUCAUUCUUAUCAAUAAUAAUCUUAUAUUCUCAGAACCAUCUGUGCUCUGAUAACCUAUGUUCAAAGAACCCUCCCAGUUCUGAAAUCAUACAAUUUUUUGGCCCAAGUUUGUCUUGAAAUUGCCUGUCCUUAUUGUUUGUGUACUCAAAUAUUCUUUUUUUUUCCUAAGCACCUGUCUGCCUCAACAUUCUCUUCUCUAUGGUUUCUUCUGGGCCUGACAUUCUGUGUGUUCACAUCCCAUAGAACCAGAUAAUUUCUUUUGUCUGCUUUUAGCUAUCUCUCACUUUCUGUGAGAUCUGUGAUCUAAAAACCCUCCUAAGUUUGAUAUUCUAGAUCAGAUGGUGAUGUCUAGCUCAGACUCCAUUGAUUUGAAAUUACCUCCAGGCUCUCAGACAUUCUACAUUGGUUGUAUCUUCUCAAGUCCCAUGUUUUGGAUACUAUGUCAACUCUAAUUUCUGAUAGAGCCUGGAUGACUGACAUUCUAGCACUGAAAUUCUCCAUUCUAAGUUCUAUCUUCUAAUAUAUUCUCUUGAAAGUCAGAUGUAUUUUUCUAAAGUCCCUCCCAGUCUACUUAAUUAUGUUAAAAAACCUUUCCAUUCUUUGAUAUACUGUGGAUUCCUCCUCACUUUCAAUUAUUUAAUAAGUUUUUAGCUAUUAGAUGGCAUAUUUAUUACAAAUACAAUUAUUUAAAAUCACUUUGUUUCCUUGUUGAAUCCUAUGUAUUUACCUUCUUCUUAAAAAAAUAAUAUUAAAAAUAUUAUUCAUUAACAAUAAUAUUAGUGUGUAUAGCAUCUUGACAGCACUGCAAGCAAUUAUUUGGGGGGGGGCUCAGUUUCUUUUUCCCCUUUUAUUUGUUUAAAUCUGAUGAGGUAUAGAAUAUUCAAGCUUUUACUUUGGCUAUGUGAUUUAGGACAUAAUUUUGAAUCCAGAGAAUCACCAUUGUGCUUAUUGAUAUUAUACAGAGAUAAAAGUUUUAUUUAAUACCAUAAAUAUCCUUUUUCAACAUUUUACAAUUUUAAUUUGCUUUCUACAUGAUUUGUAUUCCUAAGCACAUAAACAAGACAUCUUCCCAAUAAUGAUGUUGAGUAUCUCAGGUUCAUCUGACCUUUAAAAUUCAUUAUUCUAAGAGCUCUUGUGGUUUCAUGGCUAAAGCUAGCCCUGAAAUAUCAUAUUCUGAGGGCUUUCUUGGCUUUGACAACCUUUCUUCCAAGUGUCUGGCCUGCGUUGACAUGCUCUUCUCCCAGGCCUUAUAUUUUGUGUGCUCACAUUCAAUGAAAUAAGAAAAUAUCUGUUCUUGGGUUCUGAAAACUGUGUUCUAUACCCUCUUACCUUUCUAGGGUCCCAUCCAGUUCCCUCCAAGUUCAUUCAUUCUCUGUUCUACAUUUUCUCUCAUCUGCUAUUCUGUCUUUUAUAUCAAUUCCUGCUUUUCACACUUAGAGGACUGCUGUCCUAGCUCUGGAAGUCUAUAUUCUAAUAUUUACCAAAUCUCAAGUAUAUUCUCUUUGAAGACACUACUAUGCCAGAAAUUAUAUAUUUUUUAUUUUUAAUCUGCAUUAUUAGCAUUUUCUCCAUCAUUUUCUUUUUUUUAAAUUUUAUAGUAUUUUAUUUGAUCAUUUCCAUGCAUUAUUCAUUAAAGACAAAGAUCAUUUUCUUUUCCUCCCCCCCACCCCCCGUAGCCGACACGUGAUUCCACUGGGUAUCACAUAUGUUCUUGCUUCGAACCCAUUGCCAUGUUGUUAAUAUUUGCAUUAGAGUGUUCGUUUAGAGUCUCUCCUCUGUCAUGUCCCCUCAACCGCUGUAGUCAGGCAGCAGAUAUGGAGGAUCUCCAAAGCUCUGGCCAGGCUGCCAGGUCUAUGCUCCUUCUAGGCUGCCAUCUUGACUUCCCCUCUAGGUUUCUGUUUUUUUCAGAAGACCCUGCUCUCUAAUGGGGGAGGGGUAGUGGCCUCUCUGGGCUCUGAGGGCUCCUGAUGGGAUUAGGUUCACCUGGUUUGGGCCAAAUGAGCCCUGAUGCAAUAAGCCUCCUCCUCCACAGUCUGUGUUGAAUGCCUGGAGACUGGCCCGGGUUGUUUUCAAGGUAUCCCUUCACUAGCCCUGAGGUUUUUGUUCUUUCAGAAGCUCUGAGGGCUCCUGAUGGGAUUAGGUUCAGGUGGUGUGGGCUGAAUGAUCCCAGAGCCAAAAAAAAGGAAGAAAAAAAAGCAGCAACCUCCUUCUCCACAGUCUGUGUUGAAUGCCCGGAAACUGGCCCUGGUUACUUUCAAGGUAAGCUCUUCGGAGCAACCCCUUUGCCAGCCCUGAGUUUUCUGUCCUUUCAGUAGCUCUGAGGGCUCCUGAUGGGACUGGGUUCAGCUGGUGCCCUAAAGCUGGGGCCUCCCUUGAGACUCAGAUGGAAGGACCCAGCCAGGGGGCUACCAGCUUCCCCCUUCUCUCUCUGUUUCCCUGCUGUCUGUGUUGGGUGCCCCGGAGACUGGCUCAGGUUGCUUUCAAGGUGAGUCCUCAGAGCCCUGAGGUUCCCGCUGCUGCUGUGGGCUCAGCACUCUGGGUUGGAGGGGAUAGGUCCUGGGACCUUCUUUCUGUCUACCCCUUAGAUCCGAGUGAUCUAGGGUUCUAGCUUUUGGGGGGCCGUACCUUUUGGUUCAGGUCCAGGAGGAGGUUUCCCCAGGUCUAUCCUGUUGUUCAGCUUGAAUUUCGGUGGCGUAGGAGCACUCUGUUUGUGAUCAGUAAGGAAGGAUUUCCGAGGUCUGAACUUUCGCUGCUUCUAAGCCGCCAUCUUGACCAGAAGUCCGGAAAAAAAAGAGAAAUUAUAUUUUCUAAAGAUUCUUCUAGCCCUUUCUCUUUUUUUGGGUCAAAGUCCUAUUUUCCUCUCAUAUUCUAUGAUUUAAAUUUUUUCACUUAUUCAAUUUUGUAUAUAAAAUGAUAUAUGUACUAGCAAUUAAAUUAUUUAAGAUCACAAUUUUUCCCACUGUGAAUCCUGUAUAUUUCCCUCAAUAUUUUCCAUAACACAUCAAGAAAAACAGUGCAAUGUGCAAAGAGUGGGGGGCAAAUAGAUGAAAAUGUGAAGUAUAGGAAAAGCAACUGACCUACAAAAUAGAUGGAGGGAGAAUUCCAGAAUCACUGGACUAUCUGACAAACACAAUUAACCAAAGAGCCUUGAUAUGUGAUUUCAAAAAGUUUUAGAGAACUAUGUCCAGAUAGCUUGUAACCAAAGGGCAAAGUCACAAUUAAAAGUAUCAUCAGUCACCUCUGAAAAGAAACCCCCAAAGGAGAAAUGCCAGGAAUAUCCUAGCCAGAACCUCAAGCUCCCAGAUCAAGGAGAAGGACUUGAAAGCAGGUAGCAAACAGUAAUUCCAAUAUUGUGGAGCCACAGUAAGGUAUCCUCCUCUAAUAGUAUAUUGGAUUGCCAGCUCUGAAAUUCCCUUCUCUCUGGCUUCUCCUGGGCCUGACAUUCUGCAUAGUCAGAUCCCAGGAAAUUGGACACUUUCAGUUUUCUGGCUCUCACCAUCUCAGCUCUUUCUAUGAUUUAAAUCCUCUCCCAAAUUGGAUAGUCAAGGUGAAAGUGUGAUCCUGCUCAGGGCCCAUCUCUCCUCAAUUGCCUCAUAGCUAAGCCAUUCUCUGUUGACCCUACCUUCUCAAAUCUCAUAGACUGGACACUCUGCCAUCUUCCUAUUCUGAUAGUGAUUGGACUGACAUCCCAUUAUAGGUUUUCUUCAUGCUAUGCUUUUACCAUGUUCUCUGGGAGGGCACCUCCCAGUGAGACACUCAGUCUCCUAAAGACUCUUCCAGGAAAAAUUUUGUUUGGCUUUUUUGGUGGUUUCAGUUUCUAAAAUCUAUUGAUAUUCCAAAGGCAGAUUUUAGGAAGGAAACAUUUUCAUAUUGUCAACAUGGAAAUAUAGAAGUCCUCAGUUUACUUAGUUUAAAGGUAGAAACCCCAGGCUUUGGCCUUGUCAUAGGAGAGUUUCCCCCUGAGGGAGGGUCCCACUUCACCAGGCAAUAGACAUCCGCUUCAGCUUUGGCGCAGUAGGUAGCAUAUCAGUCUCACAAGCUGAAGGUCCCAAGUUCGAUCCUCUGUAAGGAGGGUGUGAUAUACUGGGAGAGGCUUCUGGAGACAAAAGAGCUACUUGGUGGGUUUUACCUCCCCACCUGAAGUGGGUGUCUAUUGUCUGGUGAAGUGGGACCCUCCCUCAGGGGGAAACUCUCCUGUGACAAGGUCAAAACCUGGGGUUUCUACCUUUAAACUAAGUUAACUGGGGAUUUCUAUAUUUCCAUGCUGACAAUAUCAUAAAAUAUUUCAUAAGGACUGUUUCUCUAACAUUAAUAAUUCUUUUUUUAGGACAGAAUAUUGCAUGUUCUGUGAUAACUUUAUGAUCAUCUUUGAGAUAUAACCCUUCUACUCAUGUUCUUAUUUAUCAUCUUUAUAACAAUAGAAAUUUAUUUUUAUAUUAAUUUUACUGAGGUGCUUUGCCAUUCAUCAUCUUAUUUGAUUCUCUGACAACUGUGCAAAGAAUCACUUUUUAAAUUUUUUUCAAUUUUCCAAGGCAAUAAAAUGGAAAGAUAAUUUUUAAUAUUAGUUUUUUGUCUUAACUUUGAGUACCACAUUCCCACCCCCAGUCUUCCCCAGAAUGGUAAGCAUUCUGAUACAGAAUUUACUUGAGCAAUCCCUGUAGAGUUAUUUGAUGUUCAAAACCUUUUGUCCACUUGUAUUCUCUGGUUUUGUUCCCUUAAACUUCUUUUGGCAUUCAUAGUAUGUUUAACAACAUCUGCUCCUUAGAAAUACAAUAAUGCAAAUUCAGAAAUGGCUUGCUUUUGAAACUUGUGUACUUACAUGGUUUUUAAGGUACAACAACCUUUUCUGUGGGAAAUGCUGUAUUUUAUUACAUUUUUAACAGUUAUUCUUGUUCUUUUCAUGGUUUUCUUUUGUCAUUCAAACUAGUCUUGAUAUAUACAACAUUGCAUAUUGGGGGCAGAAUGAAGGUGGCAGGGCAAAAGGCCACAACAAAAGCCAAACCUCCACAAAAUCUCUCCCACAAGAGCAUCACAGGAAAUACUGAAUUCGUUUUUGAGUAGUAAACUCAGGAAAAUGUCUCAAGGAUUCCUUUUUCAAGCACAAGGAAUUUUAUGAGGAGGCAGGAGAGGCUUGCAGACCCCAGAAUGGAGCUGGCUCUUGGCAUGGUGGAUGUGGAUGGCCCCUAAAGAUGCUAGCAUCAGGCAGGCAGCAGGCAAGAAGCAGCUGGGAGGCGCAGUGGUAGUAAAGGCAGCAGCGGCACCAGUGCCAUGGAUAGAAAAGGGAUUGCAAGGAGAUCGCUUAUUUAUCCCAGGGCACAGGGUCAGGUGCUAAGUGGUAGCUCUGUUGUCCAUUAUGAAAUUCACAGUCGUAGUUCCAAGAUGAAGAGGAGUGUUAGUAGUCAGGAUGGAGCAUGUGCUCUAUCUGAAGAAAGACCAGAGCCAUGAUCAGUAGGCUGGUGGUCAGACCUCUACGGGGUGGAGACCACUUUGGAGGCACCAGAAACCUUAGAGGAACCACAGAUUGAUGUGUGAAAGGAAAAGGAUGUAAUAGACAGAAGCUCAGGCCAGUCAUCCCCUUUUACUGGAGAACAGAGCCCAAAUGUAACAUAAAAUCCAAAGUAAAGAAGUGGGUAAGAAAAUGAAGGAACUCAAAAAAGAAACAGAUGAUACAAAGCUACUAUGCUGACAGGGAAGCUUACAAUGUCAACUCAGAAAUCAACAAUUUAGUAAAAACUAGAGCAGUAUCAGAAAAAUUGGGAAAAGAAUUGAAAAAUGGGUGCAAAAUUGAUGGCCAGACAAUUAAUAGAUUAGUAAAAUACUAAUGAAAAUAACCCCAUAUAUAUCAAAAUUGUAUAAAGUUACAGAAACUCAGUGAACAUAUUAAAUCCUGAAAAAUUAGAAUUGGAAAAGUAGGAGCCAAUGAGCCUAUGACACAUUAAGAAAAAGAGGUUAUCAAUGUGCAAAGAGUGAAAAAAUAGAUUGAAAUGUGAAGUUUAGGAAAAGUAAUUGGCCUUCAAAAUAGGUGGAGGAGGGAGAAUCCCAGAAUCAUUGGACUACCUGAUGUCAAAUAGUCUUGACAUGUGAUUUCCAAAAGUUAUAAAGAAUCAUGUCCAGGUAGCUUGUAACCAAAUGAUAAAAUCACAAUUAAAAGAGUCCCAAUGUUACCUCAGAAAACUAAUCCCAAAGAAAAACUCCAAAGAAUAUUCUAACAACUACCCCCAAGCUCCUAGGUCAUGCAGAAAAGACUAAAAGCAAGUAGCAAACAGUAAUUCCAAUACUGUUGAGCUAGCAACAGUGAGGAUCACACAAGCCUUCUCCCAUACCAUUUUACAGGAUUGCUAGCUCCAAAAUUCCCUUCUCUUUGGCUUCUGCUAGGCCUGGCAUUCUGUGUGCUCAGAUCCCAAGGAAUUAGACACUUUCACUUCUCUAGCUUUCAUCAUCUCACCCAUUUCUGUGAUCUAACUCUCCUCCCAAGUUGGAUAAUUUAUCUUAGAGGGUGCCAUUGUGCUCCGGGCCAUCUAUUCUAAAUUACUUCCAAGGGUGCUCUCAUUUGACCAUAGCUUUUCAAGACUCGUAGUCUGGAUAGUAUGUCAGUUCCCUCUUGUGAUAGAGCCUAGACUGACAUGCCCACAUGGAAAUUCUCCAUGCUAAGCUGUUUCCAUGCCCUUUCAUGUUCUCUUGAAAGACAUCUCCAAGUUAGACAUUUGAUUUUCUCAAGACUGUCCAGCAGUUUUUUUUGUUUCAGUUUUUUUGUUGCUUUGAAUUUCCAGAUGUUUUGAUAUUCGAAAGGCAAAUUUUAGGAUAAAAUGUUUUCACAUUCUACCAUAUGUCAUCAGGAUCUUUUUCAGACAGUAAUAGUUCUAUUUUAGGGCAAUGAUUUGACCUCUGCUAGUAUCAUGAUCAUCUUUGCAACAGAAACACUUCUAUCACAUUAUCUACCACAUUAUCAUCAUCUUCACGGCAAUAGAAGCUCAUUUUGAUAUCCAGAUUUCUAGAAGUACUUUACCAUCCAUUGUCUUAUUUGCUUCUCUGUCAAUUGUGUAGAGGAUCAUUUUUGUCAUUCUUCAUUUUGCUCCUAUUAUUACAUGUAAAGUUGAUAUUUAAACAUUAGUUGCUUUGUUUUAAUUUUUGUGUUCCUAGUUGUCCCUGUCACUUCCUUGCUAGAACGGUAAGCAUUCUGAUAGAGAUUUUACAUGUAUAAUCAUAGUAUAGUUGUUUGAUAUUCAAAAGGCUUUUAUCCUUUGAUAUUCUGUUUUCCUUUUUACUUGUUUUGUAAAUCUUAGUAUAAGAAUUAUCAUAGAUUUCUUAGAAAUUCAAAUAUUCAAAAUCAGAAAUGGCUUCACUUUUGAGGCUUCUACUUACAGGAUAUUUUUCUAUAGGUGUAGCCUAUUAUUUCACCGUAAUGAUAGCAGGUAAAACAACCUUUCUUGUGGAAAACAGUACAUUUGAUUACAUUUUUAAUAGUUAUUAUUUUUUCACAUCCUAUUCUCUGACAUUCAGAUUAGGCAUUUCUAUUUGGAGAUCUGAGGCAAGAUGGUAGAGUGAAAUGUCAUAACAGCCAAACCUCCUCCACAAUCUCUCCUUCAAAAGAAUAACAAAAAAUCUCAUAUCAAUUUGUGAGCAGGAUAGCCAGGGAAAGAUCAGAAUGAUUCAUUUUUUAAGUACAAGGCAGCUGAGAAAGAUAAAAAGAGACUUCCACAUACGCUGGUGGAGCUUGAUCUUGGCAUUGUGGAAGUGGCAGGCACCUGAAGUAUGCCAACAGGCAGCAGCAGUGAGAGCAGCAGUGGUGGUGCGCAGCACCAGUCCCAGGGAUAGAAAAGGGGGCUUCCAAGUGAACUGCUAUUCUGUCCCUGGGUGUAGUGUCAGGUGCUAAUGGUUAGAUCUGUCAUCCAUUACUCAGAUUCAGGGGUGCAGUUCCAAAAUGUAGAAGAGUGGCUGUAGUCUGGAGGGAGCACGUGCCCUAUCUGAGAAAGGACCAGAGACAAUAUCAUCAGCCUAGUGACCAGACCUCUACCACGAGGUCAUCAUAUUGGAGGCACCAGAAAUCUACAGAAAUCAAAAUUGAGUUGUGAAAGCAAAAGGGUACACCACUGGAGAGCAGAGCCCAACUGUAAUAUAAGGUCUAAAGUAAGUGAGAAAAAUGAAUAAACUGAAAAAGAACCUGAUGAUACAAAGCUACUAUGGGGACAUGGAAGCUAAGGACACCAACUUAGAAAUUGGCAAUAUUUUAAAAAACUGGCAGAAAAAUUGGGAAAAGAAUUGAAAAGUGGGCACAAAAUUGGCAAAUAGAGAAUGAACAGCUUAGUCAAAUAGUGGGGCCCCAAAGCCUACAGAAAAUAUCCCCUUAGAUGUCAGAAUUCAAGAAAUGUUAAAAGGUACAGAAUCUGCUCAGUGAAAAAAUUUCAUCCUGAAAAACUAGAAUUGGACAAAUGGGAGCUAAUGAAUCCAUGACACAUCAAGAAAAACAGUGCAAUAUGCAAAGAGUGGGGGAAAAAUAGAUGAAAAUGUGAAGUAUAGGAAAAACAACUGACCUACAAAAUAGAUGGAGGGAGAAUUUCAGAAUCAUUGCAUUACCUGACAAUCCCAAUUAACCAAAGAGCCUUGACAUGUGAUUUCAAAAAGUUUUUAGAGAAUCAUUUCCAGAUAGCUUGUAACCAAAGGGCAAAAUCACAAUUGAAAGUAUAAUCUGGUCACCUUUGAAAAGAAAUCGGAGAAAUGCUAGGAAUAUCCUAGCCACAACCCUAAGCUUCCAGAUCAAGGAGAAGGACUUGCAAGAAAGUAGCAAACAGCAGUUUCGGUAUUGUGGAGCUACAGUGAGAAUCAUACAAAAUAUCUCCUCUAAUAUUAUAUAGGAUUGCCAGUUCUGAAAUUCCUUUCUCUCUGGCUUCUCCUGAGCCUGAUAUUCCAUGCCCUCAGAUCCCAUGGAAUUAGAUCUGUUAAUAUUUCAAAGGCAGAUUUAUUUCAUAAGUACCAUUUAUUUAAUAUUAUAUAUUCUUUUUUAGUACAGAGUAUGGUGUGACCUGUGAUAAUUUCAUGAUCAUCUUCAAGAUAUGCCCACUUCUACUCAUGCCAUUAUGUUAUCAUCAUCUUUAAAACAAUAGAAGCUUAUUUUGAUAUCAAGUUUUACAGGGGGCAGCUGGGUAGCUCAGUGGAUUGAGAGCCAGGCCUGGAGGUCCUAGGUUCAAAUCUGGCCUCAGUCACUUCCCAGAUGCAUGACCCUGGGCAAGUCACUUAACCCCCAUUGCCUAGCCCUUACCACUCUUCUGCCUUGGAACCAAUACACAGUAUUGAUUCCAAGAUGGAAGUUAAGGGUUUUUUAAAAAAAAGUUUUACAAAGGUGAUUUGCUGUCUAUUAUUUUAUUUG